AUAGAGAUAUUUGUUAAAACAUUGACCAGUGACCAUGGGAGGUGACCGAUCAAGAACAUCAAGCAAGAGAAAAGGAUCUGACCACAGGGAUGACCGCCAGAAGGGAGCCUUAGCGAAGAAGAGAAAAUCGUCAGAUGAGGAUGAGAAUUACACCAGUGAUACUGUGUUUCGUCAGCUACUUGCCAAAUGUGGGCUGACACUGAAGAAAGGAGGAAAGUUCAACACAUUAAAUGUAGAUCAAGCUGUAUUCCAACGAAACUUACACUUGGCUUUGAAACGUCAUGACAAUUAUCCAGGGGUUGUUGACGAGUUUGCUGAGGGUUUCCAGGAGUUCAUUGAAGAUCAGUCCAGGUUCCAUUACAGUCUCCUUCCCACCAGCACUACAUCAGACUGUGACUCGGCACGGAGCGGGAGUCAGGACUGUGUUAUACGUCUCGUGUUGGGUGUGGAUAUGCUGCAGCCAAAACUGAUGAAUACUUUACUGGAGAAGUUGGCAGAGUUCAUGGAAGAUGAAGAAUCUAUAUUUGAUCACGGAGAAAAGGUGAAUCUCCCUCGACUGUUAAUGAGCCAGUUUCGAUGGCUGGACAGUAUCGUCAAUGGAAAGGUUGUGACGGAUAAGAUGCUUGAGAUGAUUGGAAUCGUCUCCCUUGAUAUACAACGUGAGAUAAUUACCUGUCUUCCCGAGGUUGUGGAAGACUCGGAGCAUGGAGAAGUGGCAAGAGCUCUCAGGGAGAUUUUACUUCAAAAUAACCAGUUGACUGUUCCAAUAUUGGAUGCCUUGUCCAAUCUUACACUGACCCAGGACCUGUUGUCUGAGGUGAGAGAAUCAGUGCUGCAGACAUUGGCUUCAGUCAGGAUGGAAGAUUUACCAGUAGUUAUCAAGUUCCUUCUUCAGUCGGUCAACAGUCAAGAUGCUGUCGAGGUUGUUGAAGAAAUUCGCAGUAAUCUAGAUUUCAACUCGAGUUUUGCUCCCACCAUCUCCUCUACGCCCUUCACACAAGGAGGCAACAGGGGGUCGAAAUCAGAGAUCGAGACUGCCCGUGGAUCAGAGCUGUUGACGCUGGAUGCCAUCAAGUCAGGGAUACGUUUCCAGAAAUGUGUGGCGGAGGCGUGGAUUAAGGUGAUAGAUGGAGUAAAACAACCUGGCGACCACAAAGUUAUCGACAUUUUCAUCCUCCUCAUUCUACACUCGACCAAUCGUAAGAAACCUGUUGUAAGUCUGUUCCGUAACAAGAUUCGAUCCGGUGGCUUCACUGAGGUGCUGGUACAGGCAGCGUUUGGAUCCCACUCACAGGUGAUGCGUGACUACUUCCCAUCCAUCCUGUCACUGGCUGAGGUUCUGCUGCGGUCCCCGGAACCGGCAGUCGUCUAUCUUGCUUGUGCCAUUUACAAGGGAGCAUUUACAUCAUUUGACUCCUUCUGUCAGCAGGAGAUUGUAGGGAAUUUGGUGACCCACAUCGGUAUUGGGUUUGAGGGCGAGAUUGACUCUUCCCUCGACAUCCUGGCCGAACUUGUCGACUCUCAUCUCUCCAAGAUGGCACCUUUUGCAAUAUUUGUCAAGGGUGUUCUAGAUUACUUGGACAAUCUCUCCGUGAUGCAGAUUCGAAAAUUAUACUCCAUGCUGAGUAUGUUGGCGUUCAGGAAUCCUCAAGAAGGGGGCCUCAUACAGGAUGAUCUUCAUAUUCUCAUCAGGAAGCAACUUUCAAGUAACAGUCCAAAGUACAAGAGGAUGGGAGUAAUUGGGGCUAUUAUGAUCAUCAAGAGCAUUGCCUACAAAAGUACACCCCAGGUCCAGACCCAGCUUGAAAGUAUCCCUCUGACUGACGAUCUCUACAAACAAGUUGUCAGUCUGCUUCAGUUGGUCAAGACAUCCAGUAGUCGCACACCUGAGGUUGCAUCUCUGUUCAUGGACGAACUGGCAGCGGUCAUUCGCCGCGGACACAUUGACUCUAAAGUGGAGGCGUGGAUCAGUGAGAAUGUGAUUACAGACUUCCAGGACGAUUACGUAGUGGACAUCGAGGAAAUACCUGAUAAAUCGAAGCAUGUUAUUCCGUUUGAGACGAAGUUCAGUCUUGAUGACGAUGUGGAGGGAUCCAUCGCCAUCAACAUUAUCCCGCUGAUCGAGUGGAGCAGUAAGGACAAGAAAAAACAACUGAAGAAAAAUGAAAACGGGAGAUCUCCCGACCCUGUCUGUCUGUCGCCUCACUUCCGUCUGCUCCAGAUCUGUGAAGAAAAACAACAAGGAGACCUUACUAACGUUGAUGCCCUUCUGGGAUGUCCACUAUUGCUGCCAACACCGGAAAUUUUUGAGAAAAUUUUGAGCCUCUCACGGAAGGAGAAAGAGAUUGUAUGUUCAUCUCUGUUUACCGGCCUCAACUGGUUCAGAGAAGUUGUGAAUGCCUUUGCCCCCCAGGAUGACCUUGAAAUGAAGGGCAAGGUCAUCACAAGAAUACAGAAUAUUACAGAACUACAGGGCUUACUGGAAAAAUGUUUGGCAGCCACACCAAAUUUUAAACCACCUCCUGCCAACUUUGACUGGUACGAGUGCCCUACUCCGGUCCUACAGCCCGUCGGUGGAGACAGUAAGGGCAGGAAAAAGGGCCGGAAAGGAGGCAAAAAGAAAAAGGCUGAUAAAGAGAAUUCGCCAGAUGAAGAGAGCGAUGAAAACAGCAAAGAUUCUACAGUUCUAGAUAAAACAACAGCUGAUACACAGGUGGACAAAGGGACGGAACCCUCAGACCAACCGGUGGUCAGCCUCAGCAGCUACAGACCAUUCUUCAG